UGUGCCAGCCCUGAAUGCUUUGCGUCCCGUGCUUGCGCAUCCCUGGCAGGCAUUCGCGGUUUUGGUUGUGAAACGAAAAAACUUAGUUGAUGAAAAUAUUGGCUCAAAUCUUAAAAAGAUAAAAGGAAUUAAUAAAAUAAAACAAAUUUAAUAACAUGGGCUGCGCUGAGAGCAAGGACGGUGAAGACGGCGCGCCGAACAACAGGAAUAGGCCAAAAUACCGCACCUGCACAGACGUUUUUUGGCUAGCAGUUUACAUAUUGUUUUGGCUAUUUCUGAUUGUUAUUGCGAUAUUUUCGUUUGUUUAUGGAAAUCCCUUGCGACUUCUCAAUGGCUAUGACUCCUUUGGCAACACCUGUGGCGUUAAGAGCAAUGAACGCUUUCAGAACUUUCCGCUAUCCGGCAAAAAUACGCUCGACAAGCCGGAUCUGUUCUACUUUAAUAUUAAGGAGUUGAAGCAAUCCUUAAAGAUCUGUGUUAAAUCCUGUCCGAAACGAACAUUGAAUGAGCCCAAGGAACUGCUAGGAUAUUUUCAGGAAACGAACACACAGCUCUGCAAAUAUGAUUAUGAUAUGCGGCAAUUGGAUAAGCUGAGCAAAACUGAUAAAACAUUUAAUACCCUAGGACCGUGUCCGACCUUUCCAGUCUACGAAAGUUCUGCGGUGCUGCAUCGUUGUGUUCCUAAACAGUCAUCGGCUGAGAUGAUCGACUUGCUCAAUAACUGGGAUGUUGCUCAACAGUUUCUAGGCGAUAUUUACUCCACCUGGCACAUUAUUGCCAUGGUCUGUGGUGUUUCAUUGCUUAUAUCCAUUGUACUGGUCACCAUGAUGCACUGGCUGUCCCGCGUUGUAUCCUGGCUCAUUUGUGUGCUCGUCAUUGUGGCCAGCGUUGGAUUAGCCGGUGCUCUUUGGUACGCCUACUACAACAUUCGCAAUAAGUCAGCACCCGCAACAUUAUCGCAUCUGGAGGAGUUUCUGCGCAAUAAGGAUGCUGUCUUUGCUUUAGCUGUUAUAGCCACCAUAACUAUGAUCAUUCUGUUAAUCAUCAUUUACUUCCUUAAAAACAAAUUAUCCGGUUUGUCGGCUCUUUUCGAGGAGGCCGGCAUUUGUAUGAUGAAUCUACCUGGACUGCUGGUAGCUCCUCUGUUGGCAUUCCUUGUGCUUAUUGCAUUUCUGGCCUUUUGGGUGGUCGUCGUCAUUUGUCUCGCCACAGCGUCGACGCCAGGCGAUAGUCCUUUGGCACUCUUCCACGGCACAGCAGGUCAUGAACCCCAAGCACUGCCAACCAAUGUGGCCCAGUUGGUCAAUCAGACAGCUCCUGGAAGCGAUCAAAGAACCAUUCCCCGUAUAGAGUAUUUGGACUAUGGAGCUUUGAACAGCAUGUUCUGGGUCUAUGUGGUGGGUCUGAUUUGGACAGUGGAGUUCAUCUUUGCCUGCCAACAAUUUGCACUGGCUGCUGCCGUGGCUUUCUGGUACUUUGGCAAGCCAACAACGACGCCAACUUGGUAUGCCAUUGGCAAAUUGAUUAAAUAUCAUUUGGGCACCGUUGCCAAGGGCUCAUUUAUAAUCACAAUAUUCAAAAUACCGCGACUGAUCUUAACCUAUCUCUAUGCCAAAUUGAAGAAGGGCGAGGACAAGGGCUCCGAAUGUGCUGCCUGCUGCUUAAAGUGCUGCAUUUGUGGAUUUUGGCUGCUGGAGAAGUUUAUACGCUUUCUCAAUCAUAACGCCUACACUGUGGUCGCUAUUGAAUCCAUCAACUUUUGUCCCGCAGCUGGCAUUGCCUGGAAUGCGAUGGCUACUAAUGCACUACAAGUGGCAACGAUCAACAGCAUUGGCGACUUUAUUCUAUUCCUGGGCAAGGUUGUGGUCGCUGCACUUUCCGGCUUGAUUGGCAUCUUUAUGCUGAAGGAUACGCCAGGACUGAACUUUUAUAUGGCACCUGUCAUACUGAUCAUUGUAUUCUCUUUCUUUAUUGCCCACAUUGUGUUGUCGCUCUUUGAGAUGGUGGUUGACACGCUGUUCCUGUGCGUCUGCGAGGAUAAAACAAUUAAUGGUCGUGCUGGACGCUGGGCUCAGAGCAAUCUGGCCAAACUUGUGGGCGAGGAGCCGAUGCAGCCUGGCGAGGAACCGCCGAUUCAGGUGGUCGAGAUGAUGCCCAUCAACAAGCAGCCUUUCAGCAUUACGCGACUGCCACCAACUGACGCUGAGGUUGCUCCAAUGGCGGAGUAAAUUCCAAGAUAAUAUAAAGAUAUUAUUCCAUGCUCCAUAACAUAAAAUGAAACUCAUAACAAACGCACAUCUAACUUGGAUGUCAGGUGAAGGACCAAGGACCCUCCGUAUGAACAAACUCAACGUACAAAACGCAAUGAAAA